AACACAGGUAAUCAGAGUGAUGUGUUUGAAGGGUAGAGCGCGCCACUCGAUGCUCGACUGUCUGCAGCUGUGACGUCAUUCGCGCGUAAAUCGAGGAGAUAAAUAGAAGUUGACAGCAGGCUGCUCUGAUGUCCGUAGUUGAUUAAACUCCAUCAUGGAUGCCUUGACAUCUGCUGCAGCUGCCUUAUUUGGCUAUCCCUCAGGAGAACGCUCUUCAGAAGAGUCAAAGUGUCUCUCACCAAGUAAGAAGAAUCAUGAGGGACCAACGGAAAUCACCAAUACUAUUAGUAUUUCACCAGGGAAAGUGUAUAAGGCUUCCCUGCAGACACUGUUCACCGCCUCGCCAGUAAACUAUAACAGCUCCGUAAAAGUUGGCUCCUCUGUCAUCCUUCCUGUGGCAUCCAGCAAGUCUGUCCAACACUCAUCUCCCCUGAUGGAGGCCCCAAGUCCAGGACAGGAGAAGGUCCUGGGGAGGAGUCCACUCACACCCACAAGUAACCUUAAGCUGCUCACACGUAUUGCUUCAAUGGAGGAGUCCUUCACUAGUAAGAAAAUGUUGUUCAAUAGCAAAGGUACCACAAUAAGAAAAAAGGUUCCAUCCCAAACUAGACCUCGCCAGAAACAAAGGCUGCAGCGAUACAACAGUGAUGGCUUGAGCACUCAGCAAGCCAGUAGCAAAGCCAUGACUGGUGAAAAGACCACCCUCAAAAAGCACAGCAGCACAGACAGUCACUCCCAGGGGCUAGAGGGUGUGGGUCACCUGCCACCCCUUGAUGAGGUCAUUGCUCGCCCCUCAGAAGGCUCAAGAAAGGAUAAAUCUUUAGGGCUACUCAGUGAAAAGUUCCUGGAACACUUUCCAUUAGAGGUCUCAUUCCUGGAGACGCCACGCCGGAUGGUGAUUGAUGAGGUGGCCAUAACUCUGGGCACAGAGAGGCGGCGUGUAUAUGACAUCAUCAAUGUGCUGGAGAGCCUCAACAUGGCUGCUCGGGUCCAGAAGAACAUGUACCAGUGGGUGGGCAAUAUGUACCUGGAGGAGACACUAGGGGGGCUCAAGUCUAUUGCUCUUAAGCUGAACCUCAAGGCACAAGUAGAGGCUCUUCAUUCUAGUGAGGGAAAGAGAAGUUUCAAGGUUCCCAAGUGGACCAAGACAAACUGGAAUGUUGAUGGAGAGGAGAAAGUGGAGACAAGGCGGGAAAAAUCUUUGGGAAUACUUUGUCAGAAAUUCCUAAUGCUGCUGCUAGUCAGUCCUGCGCCUUUCCUGCUCUCACUGGACGAUGCUCUAAAGAUGCUGAUGGGCAACACGUGUGAGGACGGUGAACGCCUGAGGACUCGCGGCAGAAGGCUCUAUGACAUUGCCAACGUCCUCACAUCUCUAGGGCUUGUCCAGCGCAUACCGCUGGCUAAAGGCUUUCGCUAUAUUGGACCACAGGUUGAAGCCAUACCCAGUGAGGAUGACAAUGGCCCGCGUCUCCGCCACUCUCUGCUUCCUUCCUUCUUGUUGUCUGGGGACAGUGGAGGCAAGGAGAACAUAAGCUGCCCCGGUGACCAUGAUGUGACUCCGUCCGCUGCUCCUCCGCCAACACAGAAGAGAGGACGCCCACGCAAGCUCUCCACAGACUUCUCUGCUUCAACCAUUCCAGCUGCCAAGCGAACUAAACUUCAGAGAACUCGCAGUGAGGACAUCACUGCAGGGAAGCAGAGUCGCAAGUUCAUCCGCCACCCGUCCUUGCAUGAGAUCUGUCAGGUAGCUGAGGUGGAACGGGAAAAAUUACUACAGAAAGAACAGCAGCAGCAGCAGGAACAACAACAACAACAACAGCAGCAACAGCAGCAGCAGCAUCAGCAGCAACUGAAGGCUCCGAUCAUUAUAGGAUCCAUUCCUUUGAGAACCAGAAAUCUACAGGAUGACAAUAUAAUCACCCAGAACCGUGGCUUUGUACCAUCUUGCUCAGCGUCGGCACCAAUUCUUGCCACCAUCCUGAAUCAGAAGCCACGUACCAAGAUCCCUGUGGCUCUCACCUUCAAGAAAUCUGAUGAAGAAGAUGGCAAGGAUGCUUGUUCUAUCAUGCCAUUCAACGUCGUUCAGAAAAUUCCAAGUACCACAAGAGUCAAUACUGGAAGAACUAUAGCCCAGGUGCAGUCACCCACUCACAUCAUUAAGCAUGAACAACAAACAAAUGCAGCAAUGCUCACACCUGGGAUCAACAGAGGCAUGACUUAUGUGGCCACUCCUCAGUCAAACAGCAAGAUCAUAUUGAAAAAUUGGCCUCAGGAAUCCUCUGGGGUGCCUGUGGUGCCACCUAAAGAGCCACAAGGUGCUUCCCCUUCAGUCAUUAGAGUUGUCACAAACAUGGGAGGAGGAAUGAAGCAUCUACGAGAACCUCCAAAAAUCUUUAGUGUCAUCCCUGCCAGCCAAGCACAGAGUCCACAUAUGCCAUCAGCAAAACGAUUCAUCUGGCAGGCAGGUGGAACCCUUCAGCAGGUGCCUGUCAGGAAUGAUGUCAAUCCUCACCUACCACCCAGCCAUUCUCAAGCAGCAGAAGGAGUUUGUCAUGUCUCUGAACAUGAACAUAAGUUAAGUUCCUAUGCAGUGUACACUAUUUCUGGUAGUCAUGCACCUGUUACUUCAUCAGCUGUACCGAAGAAUAUGACGUCUCCUGUUACUGGGGAAAGAUCCACCUUACCUACUGAAUGUGACUCCACCUCUAAGCCACCUAUACUGUACACCUGGACAGACAGCACCAGCAUGCCCUCCAGUGGAAUGGAUGGUCCUGCAGGUCACCAGGUACUCAGUGGGCAGUUGCCGGCCUCCAACUGUCUUACUUCCAGGGAACCAGCGAGAGUUGAGUGGCAGCCAUCAUCUGAUGCAUCAAGCACAGACAGUGAGCUGGAGGAGAUCUUUGGGGACUGUUUCAGGUUCACACGUCCCAAAGGCUUGUUGAAUGGGAAUACUAGUCAAGAUGGAGCCUUGAGUAAAGUGGUAGGCACUUAUAAUAUUAUUUUUUCACAAGGAGAAAUUAAUUGAUAGUGUUCAUGACAAUUAAAAAUGUGGAAUCUUUACAUGAUCAAAAAUUAUUAUAUCUGAAUAAAGAUAAUAGAUUGUGUGCUCUCAACAGCUCUGAGGACUUCCUAGGAAAACCAGCUGCUGAAUUCAAGAAAGAAUCCUGUAGUCUGAGUCAGUUGCCUGCAGCUAAUACACUUUUCCCAGUGUCACACAGACUACUUUGAAGGGAGGACUUCUGUCUCAUCACCUCAGCAGCAGGAUUCAUAAGUUAAAUUGUUUUUAGUCUGUAAUCUAUUGAAGCACCAUUGUUAUGUAUGAGGGAUUACAUUGGAAAAGGUAAAAUUAAGUUACUGUAAGUCAUUGUUUGAAGAGUGAGACAAACUUGAAAAUAUUUGUUGAAUAUUUUUUCCAAAAUGUAUUUUUGAAGUGUGAUAUGCAUGCUGGAAUUGGGUACGGAGUAUUAACUAAGUCAUUUUAUGUACAUGUAAAUGCUUCAUAUUUAAGCUUGGAAGCAGCAGCAUGGAAUAUAUCUUCUUUGUUUUUAAUAUUGUUAACAUUUUGUUGUUAAUAAUAUCUUUAAUCUAGUAUUGAUCACAUGUUGCUUAUGCUCAUGAACAGAAUUGUUGAAUUCUGUAGCAUCAUGUAAUGUGUUACAAAACAAUGGUGUCUGGUAGUUAAAUAUCUGGUGUUGCUUAUGCUCAUGAACAGAAUUGUUGAAUUCUGUAGCAUCAUGUAAUAUGUUACAAAAUAGUGGUGCCUGGUAGUUAAAUAUCUGGUGUUGGAUGAAAAGCUAUGAAUAUUAUAUUUCAGGUAAAGUAAGGAAAGAUAUAUAUGUUUAUAUACAGUAUAUGUUUAUGAUAAAAUAACUAACCAUAUUUUUAUACCUCUAUUAGUCAUUGACAUAUCAUUUUUAACACGGUACACCUGAGUACCUGAGUGUCUCCUCAUUACAGUAUUACAAUCAUUUUGUUAUCAUUGGUGUGUAUUAAGGGCACCAAGAUAUGUGCAGAACAGCACAUCAAAUGGGGCUUCAGGGAUUGCAGAAAUGCCAGUCAUGCAUAGUGCAUAUCACAGUCCAUGUGGGAAGUAACAACUUCUAUUACACAUUAUAAUGCAUUAAAAACAUUAUUGAAGAGUGGACUUAAUAUUUCAGUAAUGAAUGGGGAAAUGUUGAGCAAUAGAUUGAGAAGUGAAAUCAGGAAAACAGUGUUCCUGUAGUCUGUCUGUCUGAGUAAUGUUUAAGUAUGUGAGCUAUUAAGUUUGUGUCUGUCAUCAGUAAUGAGAGAGGGAGAACAUGAAGUUGAAUGCAAAUUAUGCAAGGUUUGGCCAAGACUGGUGACAAACAAAAUGUUCUAAUAUGGUGAAUGAAAAAAGUUAGUAAGCUGAAAACUUUAGCUGAGUUACAUUUCUGUGAUGUAGAAUCAUAAAUAUUUAACUUUAUCUGUUUAUUGGGCCUGUAUUUGUUAUUGAAUCACUGUUGAGUGAGGAUGUUGUGUGGACAUUGACGAGGUGAAUGGCUUGGGUGUUACAUUGCUUCGUCCAUGUGAAUCAUCUGUAAGUGUUCUUGUAUGGCAUAGUCAGCUAUCUGAACCUUCACUCAUGACUCACUUCCUGCUUUUAAGACUGAAAUUUUUGUUUAGUUUGACAGGAAAUCUAUCAUUGUUUUCAAGAUGACUACAUGGACAGCACUGUAACUGUAAUGACUGAUGCUCUGGUUGAUACUCACAUGUGUAAAAGAGCAUACUUGUUACAUUUAGUUUGAAAUGAACACUGGUGCACAUGCAAGGCAAUUUAGGCAUACAUUGGAUUGAUGGAAUCAUUUGAGAUAUUUUCUUGGUAUACUUUUGUGCAAUGAAAAAAGCUGUAAAUUUGUAGAAAGUAUAAGAUUAUUUAUAUAAUAUAUGGGGUUAAGGUUGCAAGUCAAGGCAGAGUCGUGUGGGUAGUGGGUGGCAGUGUCCCCUGGAGGUGAAUCACUCCUUGAGCCAGGCCUGCACUGAAUGUUGCAAGUCCGGGAGGCAUGCACCAAGCUGAGCUGUUGAUGGCCUCCACAAGUGGCAGGUGUUUGUAUGCAUUUUCCUGUACCAAUAGAUGUUUUACACAUAAAUCUGAAGAAAA